AUGACCUACGAGCCAGGAAAGUAUCCCAAAGAGUACAAUCCUAAAGUACACGGGCCAUACCAUCCUGGCCGUUACUAUGGAAAGCCUGAUGUGCCGUUCGGUGAUGUGAAAAUUGGUGACCUUGGAGGUUGGAUUAGCAGGCGGAAGUUCACCCCAACUGCCGUGUGGGGCGCUAUACAUAGAACUUUCUGGAACUGGUCUGGACGUUGGAUGAAUGCCAGGAGUCCAGGAUUUGCUCCAAUAGGUCACAUUAUCAUGCUCUCGUCUGCAUACUACUUUUUAGUGAUGUACAAGGACAGGAGCUACCACAGGCACUGCAAGUAUCACUGA